AUGAUUUUUCCAUACCUUACCGUCCUGGCGGCGGCGACAGUGUCGCUGGCGGCCACGCCUUCUGGUUUUGAGCCUACGACUCAGAACUCCUUGAUGGUAUCUUUCAACGCGAUGGACGCGACUGGCGGGAAGCAAAUCGCCAAAGAAGUGUCAGCACAAGCACCCCAAUUAGGCACCAUGGAAAAAAUGGCCGGCUCCUCCUUCGCAGUCAUGAUGAUCGACUUGGACAUUCCAACCAACAGCCCCCCGCAAACCAACACGCUCCUGCACUGGAUGCAGACUGGCAUGACGCAAAGCCAGACGGCCGCCGUCAUGAACACAACGGCAGGCACGCAGAACGUAUUCCUGCUCGAGAUGCCGGGCGCUGUGCAAGCGGCCGCCCCGUACUUUGGCCCUGCGCCGCCGGCGCGCACCCCGCUCGCGCAUCGAUACACGCAGGUCGUUAUCGACACGUCGACCGCUACGCAGGAGAACAUGAACUCCAUGAUGGAAGCGGCGCAGAAUCGGCAGGGAUUUAAUGCCCAGCAGGUCUUGACCCAGGCCGGGUUGCAGGACAAGGUCAUGGCUGGGAAUUUCUUUGUCGUGACGAAUCCAGGUCCGGCAAGGGACUCGGCGACGGGGACUAAUGCUGGAACUGGGGCCGGAGCUGGAACUGGGGCCGGAACCGGAACUGGAACCGAAGCUGGAGCCGGGGCUGGAGCUGGGCCUGGAGCCGGGGCUGGAGCUGGAACUGGCGCUGGAACUGGCGCUGGAACUGGAGCUGGAACUGGCGCUGGAACUGGAGCUGGAACUGGCGCUGGAACUGGCGCUGGAACUGGAGCUGGAACUGGAACUGGAACUGGUGUUCAGGCGAGCCAGGCUCCCGUGGCGGUAUCGGGCGCGUCAUCCGGGAGAAUGAACUGUGUCUUGCUGGCGGCUUCGCUUGUCGGGCUUGUAUUCUCGAGUCUGUAA